UAUCCUGGUUGUGUGAUACAUGAUGAGUUAGUAACAUAUCUUACGGCUAAGUCAGUGUAAAACUUAGUCAAAACAUGGAGAUAUUACCCAAAUCUCUAAUUGGUGAAAUGGCUAGAAAUAGCGAUGAUUGUGUGAGUUCAUAUCUUCCUGGCGAAACUUCUGCGGCCGUGGGUACCGAAAGCAGUGUAAGGUUUGAGCUACGAGGAUGUGGGGAGACGUUGAUCUGUGAAGCGAUAUCGGACAGCCCCAGCGCAAUGGACAAAGCAAUAAGGGCCGUUAAAAGUGGAGCACUGUCGCAGUACGCAGCAGCCAAAACGUACAACGUUCCUCGAACGUCGCUGUGGGAACGUUUGAAAGGGGUUCGUCGAAUGAAGCCAGGAGAGCAAUCACGAAAGUUUUCGGCGGUCACGAAACACGAUUUUGCUGCUCACCUAGUGAAGAAUUGGGACAACUUUAAUAUGUCUAGCAAUAUCGUGUCUGGAUUUCAAUCUAGCGGAAUUUAUCCUUUCGACCCCGAGGCGAUUUGUAAAGCAUACGCAGAGCCUGGAGCAGCUCCGUUUCCUGAAAAUGUGCCAUUGAUGGUUGCCACAGUUUAUGCGUCGCAGCUGGAAAAAACACGGUCUGCACUGCGAGAAAUUCAUCUUCUAAGCGAGGCUGCAAUUGAAAAUGUUAUUCAGUAUGUGGUGAGACAGGCUAAAGGGUUUCUGCCUGCUGUUGUUCCUGAAAGAGUUGCCGAAGACUGGCACCGCAGCAUAAUGGGCGCCCACAACCCGAAAACGCGGAAACUGAAAGAAUCUCGGCUCCACGCAGAGACGGGCCUGAUCGCAACAGAUUCCAAAGUUAUUGCUGCUUUAGAACAGCGAGAAAACGAAAAGGCAGAGAAAUUGAAAAAGUCUAAGAAAGCAGCUCCGCUUGGCUUGACUGACGUUACAAAUACACCUCAAAAAAAGAGAUUCAGAAUGUCAAAAAAGUAA